UCGGCCGUUAUCAGCACAACAGAUUAGACUUGGCCGGGGAGAAGUGCGACGACUUGACUCCGGAGCAAAUUCUCUCUGUUUGUUUUUGUUCGUUUUACAACGUUUUCAUCCCAUUUUUUUCGAUCGGGAAUUUUGUCAGCGCUUGGUCCAGGAUGGUUAAAGUGUCUUUUAACUCGGCUUUGGCCCAGAAAGACGUGAAGAAGGACGCCGAAACUCUUAUUCCCGAGGAGGACAAAGUAGAUGCAGAGGCAGCUGUGCCGGUGCGUCACCAGUCCCGGGCCUGGUGCUGGUGCAUGUGCCUGGGUCUGGCCCUCAUGCUGUCUGGAGUGGUGGUCGGAGGAGCCUACCUGUACCGCUACUACAUCCUGGAGGUGAGCAGCCAGCCCCAACAAGGGUGGGACAGCAGUGAGGAGGGUCAGGUGUUUGUGUGCGGGGUGAACUACCGUGAGGAGGACUUCAUGAUCCGGGAGGAGGAGGAGAUGGAGGUGGAGCUGCCAAAUCAGUUCCACCUGAAGCAGCUGGAGGAGAGGAUCCGGGUCCUGGAGAGGGAGCAGGUGGAGCUCAUUAACGUCCCUGUGCCUGAGUUCGAUGAUGGAGACCCCGCAGACAUCGUCCACGACUUCCAGCGGAGGUUGACUGCCUACCUGGAUCUGAGCCUGAACAAGUGCUACGUCAUCCCACUCAACACCUCCGUCGUCAUGCCUCCCAGAGACUUCCUGGAGCUGCUCGUCAACGUCAAGGCCGGCACCUACCUGCCUCAGUCUUACCUGGUCCAUGAGGAGAUGGUGGUGACCGAGCGCCUGGAGCACGUCGACCAGCUCGGCUACUUCAUCUACAACCUCUGCCGCGGCAAAGAAACCUUCAAGCUGCAGCGCAGAGACAGGAUUCUGGGAAUGCAGAAGCGCGAGGCUCUGAACUGCCACAAGAUCCGUCACUUCGUCAACACGUUUGUGAUGGAGACUAUGAUCUGUGAGCUUUAAGACACCUCGUCUCCUCACAACUGCUCUUAAAGUCACUGGCGUGCAGUGAGAUUGUGUUUUUAAUCCUCACCUGUCUUUUUUCUCUGUCCUUUACUUCAGGUAGUUUGAGUGAGUGAGAGGAGUGAAAUGUGAAGCUGUUUGGUAAAUACUUCAUUGAUUGCGAAAUAAAAAGGUGAAGAGUCGUGUAUUUUUCCACUUUCUGUACGGGGGUCUUCUUGUUAUCUUUUCAGAAAAUAACCAGCUAAAAGUCAGCUGAGUAUAAAAAUAGUAAAUUAUUUUAAUCAAAGUAACUGCAUCUGUAGCAUGAACAUAUAUUGUAAUAGACAUGGGUAAAUUUACAGUUUGCCUUUUCUUUAAGUCCAAACAAAAACAACUUUUAUACCACUCAUCCGGGUUUUUGAAAGUCAUCAGUCCAGGGAGACUUGUUAUUUUGUAUUUUGUCUGCUGUAGCUAUUAAUACACUGCACCUGUUCUUUCUUAACUGGAAAAUGGUCUUAAAAUAAGAGUGUGGGACGUGUGUCUCUCUCUUGUUUAGCUUUAAAAUAUGUCUGUAGAAGUGCUGAGUAAGAGAAAAGGAAGUGCAGAAAUAAAAUUCACAGCAGAGAGAGUUCACAGGAAACACACACUUGUGUUAAAAUCUUUUUCACAAGGGUUGUCUGUCUUUUUUUUGAAUGUGUAAUUUUUUGGAUAACUCUUCUUGUUGUACUAAUUUGUGUAUAUAAUCUCUUUAAAGAUAUGACCAGACCAACACAAUAAAGAAAACAGAAAAAACA